AUGUCUGACAGAAUACCAUUUUACAAACCCAACAAAUUCUCCGGAGCAGUUCAUGAAAACAUUGACUCAUUUAUCCAGGAAUACAAUAAAGCAAUCUCUAUGAACGGUUGGUCAGGGGAACAAAAAAAAUCCUUCCUCGCCAUUUACCUUCAAAAUACAGCAUCGACAUUCCUGGACAAUUAUGAAAACAGCAACCCAGCCACCACCUGGGCACAAAUAGAAAAUGCUCUACGUUUAGAAUUCGAACCCACAGCACAAAACCACAUGUUGAGAACCAUGCUAGAAAAACGAAAACAACUAUCUGACGAAACAACCGCAUCAUACAUCAAUGAUGCAGAAAAUCUAUGCAAGAGAAUAGAUCCGAACAUGCCACAGACAGAGAUUGCACACACAAUCAUGAAAGGACUUAAACCAGAAAUUGCUAGAUAUGUAGGAAUAUUAGACAAUACUAGUUUAGAAGACCUAAAGAAAAACAUAAGAAAAUAUGAAUCUAUUGAAUUUAUGAUUAACGUGAAUACUACACAAUCUCGCGAUGAUAUCAGAGCUCAAAUCACUAAAGAACACGUAAAUGCCAUAGAAGAUAAUAAAACCAAAAAACAGAUGGAUUUAUUAACAACACAAAUAUCGAACUUAGAAUCUAUGAUGAAUAAUUUAAGCCAACAAAUUAACAACAACAACAACAAUUUCAAUAGUAACAACAAAGCCAACCUACCAAACUAUAACCAAUACCCUAAUCGAUCUCCACAAAAUUACCAACACAAUAAUCAACUAAACCACGACCAAUUAUAUAACAACAGAAAUAACAACUUUCCGCAACAAAGUCACAAUAGGUUCACUAAUCGCCCUAAUUUUAACAAUUUCAACAAAUUCAACAACAAUCGAAACAAUAUUCCACAAACACAAAACAAUGAUAACAAUCAAAACAAGAAACUAACGUAUAACAACUAUGAAAAAAGGACACAGUGUGAACACUGCAACAACUAUAAUCACACCAGUGCGGAAUGCAAAUGGAAAUUAACAUGUAACCUAUGCAACAAGAGAUAUCACACAGCCGAAACUUGCUACUCAAAAAAUACCAUGGCCAACCAAAAAAACCAAUAA